UGUCGGAUACCAUAAACUCGAAACCGAUCGAGAUAGUGACAUCAAAAUUGAUCUCUAUUGUGAAACAAGAGCUAUUCUCCAAUUUCGAUGAGAAUGAAGGCCCUUUUUGUUUUUAGUAUUGCUGCGAGUGUCUUCACCUUCGGGGAUGCCAUUCAAUGUUACAUAUGUACUGGCUGCAAAGAACCUUUUAGUUCUUCAGCUGCCUCCGUUAAAAAUUGCACUCAAGAGCAGGGACCAGGGGCCAUGUGUGCCAAAAUUAUUCGAGAGUUUCAUAGUGGAAAAGAAUUGACCGCCCGCGAUUGUAUUAAAUCCGGAGCCGUGAGAUCUUUAUCAUCAGACGUUGAAAAAUCAGAUAUGUCAGAUAAUGAUACUGUAACUUUGCACAUGUAUGUGUGCAAAGAGGAUUUAUGCAAUGGCGCUUCUUCCUUCUCACCAGCGCUUGGAUUAUUGCUGAUUAGCGUUAUCAGCGUUUUUUUGAUGAUUCAUAAUAAAUCCUAAUCAUCAGUAAAAAAUUAUCCACCUCCUGAAUUUUCGGAUUCAAUUCGAUUUCCGAUUGAUUUAAUUAUAAACUGCUGUAGAUGUGCACAAGCUGUUAAUUUGUCAUUGAAAUAAUCGAAGUGACGUAAAGUUAUUCUCAAUAAAAUAUUGGUGACCAAUUUGAUUA